AUGUUAUCCAAUCUAUCAGUCUCUGUUCGUGAUAUUUGUUAUCGCGAAUGUUUUGAGACCAGAGAUGCAUCUUGCCUGACAAACUUGACCAAAUACACUGUCAUCCGUCAUGAUCCUCGCCGGAGAGCUAUCGACUCUACUACUCGAUCAAUCUUCCAUGUCUUUCUACUAUUCCAAAGCGGUGUGCUAAGUCGGCGUACUGAUUAA